AUGUACUGUAGUUGCAUGGAUAAGGACAAUGUCGUAGCUGCUAGACAUAAAAUCAAGUUAGUUGCAUGGGUUAGGGCAAUAGUUGCAAGACAUAAAGUCAGGUUAGUUGCAUGGGUUAGGGCAAUAGUUGCAAGACAUAAAGUCAGGUUAGUUGCAUGGAUUAGGGCAAUAGUUGCAAGGCAUAAUAUCAAGUUAGUUGCAUGGGUUAGGGCAAUAGUUGCAAGACAUAAAGUCAGGUUAGUUGCAUGGGUAAGGGCAAUAGUUGCAAGGCAUAAUAUCAAGUUAGUUGCAUGGGUAAGGGCAAUAGUUGCAAAGCAUAAUAUCAAGUUAGUUGCAUGGAUUAGGGCAAUAGUUGCAAGGCAUAAAGUCAAGUUAGUUGCAAUAGUUGCAAGGCAUAAAGUCAAGUUAGUUGCAUGGGUUAGGGCAAUAGUUGCAAGACAUAAAGUCAGGGCAAUAGUUGCAAGACACAAAGUCAAGUUAGUUGCAUGGGUUAGGGCAAUAGUUGCAAGGCAUAAAGUCAAGUUAGUUGCAUGGGUAAGGGCAAUUGCUGCAAGGCAUAAAGUCAAGUUAGUAGCAUGUGUAAGGGCAAUAGUUGCAAGACAUAAUAUCAAGUUAGUUGCAUGGGUUAGGGCAAUAGUUGCAAGACAUAAAGUCAGGUUAGUUGCAUGGGUAAGGGCAAUAGUUGCAUGGCAUAAAGUCAAGUUAGUUGCAUGGGUUAGAGCAAUAGUUGCAUGGCAUAAAGUCAAGUUAGUUGCAUGGGUAAGGGCAAUAGCUGCAAGGCAUAAAGUCAAGUUAGUAGCAUGUGUAAGGGCAAUAGUUGCAAGACAUAAAGUCAAAUUAGUAGCAUGUGUAAGGGCAAUAGUUGCAAGACAUAAUAUCAAAUUAGUUGCAUGGGUAAGGGCAAUAGCUGCAAGGCAUAAUGUCAAGUUAGUUGCAUGGGUAAGGGCAAUAGUUGCAAGGCAUAAAGUCAGGUUAGUUGCAUGGGUAAGGGCAAUAGUUGCAAGGCAUAAAGUCAAGUUAGUUGCAUGGGUUAGGGCAAUAGUUGCAAGGCAUAAAGUCAAGUUAGUUGCAUGGGUUAGGGCAAUAGUUGCAAGGCAUAAAGUCAAGUUAGUAGCAUGUGUAAGGGCAAUAGUUGCAAGACAUAAAGUCAAAUUAGUAGCAUGUGUAAGGGCAAUAGUUGCAAGACAUAAUAUCAAAUUAGUUGCAUGGGUAAGGGCAAUAGCUGCAAGGCAUAAUGUCAAGUUAGUUGCAUGGGUAAGGGCAAUAGUUGCAAGGCAUAAAGUCAAGUUAGUUGCAUGGGUUAGGGCAAUAGUUGCAAGGCAUAAAGUCAAGUUAGUUGCAUGGGUUAGGGCAAUAGUUGCAGGGCAUAAAGUCAAGUUAGUAGCAUGUGUAAGGGCAAUAGUUGCAAGACAUAAAGUCAAGUUAGUUUCAUGGGUAAGGGCAAUAGUUGCAAGGCAUAAUAUCAAGUUAGUUGCAUGGGUUAGGGCAAUAUUUGCAAGGAAUAAUGUCGAGUUAGUUGCGUGGGUAAGGGCAAUAGUUGCAUGGCAUAAUGUCAAGCUAGUUGCAUGGGUUAGGGCAAUAGUUGCAAGGCAUAAAGUCAGGUUAGUUGCAUGGGUAAGGGCAAUAGUUGCAAGGCAUAAAGUCAAGUUAGUUGCAUGGGUUAGGGCAAUAGUUGCAAGGCAUAAAGUCAAGUAA